AUGACGCUUGGCGGCGUCGCCGGGCGAGCGGCGCGAGGCGGCUGGACGGACGAGGAGAAGCGACGCAAGAAGAAGGGCUUCACGCUGGACUUCUCGCCGCUCGUCGACAAGGGGCCCCCCGCGGCCGACGCCCCACGUGAGUGCCCGUUCGCGCGACCUCCACCGCACACCAGCCGACCUUCACAUCGCGAAAUGGAACGACGUUUGCAGUAUCGGGCCGAAGGGGGCGCGAAAAAGGGCGCGGUGACCAAGGAGGCCCAUCACGCCGCGGCAUUGGGCUUCCGUGCGGGUAGGACACGCCCACCGCCUCGCCCGACACCGCCCCCGCCUCCGCGCUCCCGGCGUCGCGCCGCCGCCGCCGGUCGCCGCGCCGGGCGCCGCCCCUGCAUGCACGGCGCCGUGGCCACGUCGACGAGUCGCAGCGGGGGGCCGCGGGAGGGCGGGGGCGGCGCGGCGGGCGCCUCCCCGCGCAGGCACCGCCGCCCGCAGCCCGCCGGGGCCGGACGCAGCCCCACCGCCGCGCAGCCCAGGGAGAAGAAGAAAUUGUUAAAAUGGAGAAAGAGUAAAAGAGAAAGAAAGGAGAAAUGGAUAGCGAGAAAUAGAAAUGAAAGAGUGGGUGGCAAAGAAGAAAGACAUAUGAGAGAGGAGGAAUAG